AUGUCUCCUAUUCGUUAUGAAUUAGUUUAUGCAACAACUAGUAGAGCAACUUCAUUAAUUGAUUAUAAUAUUUAUACUGAUAUGCACCAACAACAUGAAUUUAAAAAACAAUUCAUUCUUACUGAUAAACUUCUUACAGAUAAUGAAAAAGCUGUAGCAAUUAAAAGAAUAACUGAAACUUAUGACCGAAAUAAAGUUCUUAGUAAUACGGGAUCAAAAAGAAUUUGUGAAACUUGUAAGCAAGAAUGUUUAGCGACAUUAUAUUGUGAAUAUUGUAUUCGAAAUUAUUUAAAAGAUAAUUUUUUAAAUUGGACUUCUGGAAAUGAUGAUAUUGAUAAUUUAAUACUAAAAUGUCAAAUGGAAUGUCUUGGGCCAGGCUAUGUAAUUGAAUGGAUUCCAUAUAAUAACUUCAAAAAUAUUAAAUAUCUAACAAAAGGCGGAUUCUCUGAAAUUUAUACUGCAGAUUGGAUUAAUGGAAACUAUGAAGAAUGGGAUUCUGAAAAACAACAAUUAAGAAGAUCUGGAACUAUAAAAAUAGUACUAAAAAAAUUAGAAAAUGUUGAAAGUGCAAAUCAAAGUUGGUUUGAAGAGGCUGAAUCACAUUUAACUAUGAGCGCUAAACUCCCAUAUAUUACCCGAUGUUGUGGUUUAACACAAGAUAUAUCGGAUGGAAAUUAUAUGCUUGUAAUAAUGAAAAUGGAUAUGGAUUUAAGAAAAUAUUUACAACAAAAUUAUAAUCAACUUACAUGGAAAGGAAAAUUUAGAAUUGUUUAUGAAAUAAUUGAAGCACUUUAUUGGAUUCAUAAAGAGAAUGCAAUUCAUAGAGAUUUGCAUUCUGGAAAUAUAUUAUUUUCACAAUUUAAUGAUGGUUGGUAUAUUAGUGAUCUUGGAUUUUGUGGACCUGCUGAUAAAUCAUCAAAAAGUAUAUAUGGAAAUCUUCCCUAUAUAGCACCAGAAGUUAUUAAUGGAAAAGGAUAUACUUUCGCAUCUGAUAUUUAUAGUAUUGCAAUACUUAUGUGGGAAAUUUCAUCUGGUCAACUACCAUUUAUUAAUUAUAAACAUGAUGAUUAUGAUCUUGCAAUGGAUAUAAUUAAUGGUAUGAGACCAGAAAUUGUGUCAGAAAUUCCUUUAGAGUAUAAAAAUUUAAUGGAACAAUGUUGGGAUGCUGAUCCAUCAAAAAGGCCUGAUAUUGAUAUACUUAUUGAGAAAAUAAGAGAAAUUCAUUUAUUAUAUCAAAAUAAGCCAAAUGAAUUGUUUCAAUUAAAAGCAAAAAAUAAUUCUGAAACAAAAACCAAUUCAAAUUAUACAAGUAGUAGCAGAGUGUUUACAAGUAAAAUUCAUCAAUUUGACAAUCUACCUGAACCAAAGAAUGCAACAGAAGGAGAACAAGAAGGAUUUCACAGUAAAACAUAUGACUUUAAUAUUCCUGAUAAUAUUGAUGAUUUUAACAAUUCAAGUAAUCAAAAGACGUCAAAAAUCAAUAAUUAUUUUAAAGCUAGUAGUAAAAGGUUAUCUAAAGUAUUUAAGAAAUUACAAAUAAAUUCAAAGAAUGACAUUCAAAAUGAUAAUAAAAAGGAAACUAUACAACAACAAAUAAAAGGACCAAUUAAUGAUGAAGAAGUAUAUGAUAGUCCAAAUCUCCAUUCAGAAGAACAAGAUGAAUUAGAAAUUCCUGAUGAAAUACCAUCUGAUAAACUAAAUUAA